AUGAACCGUAGUUGGAUCACAAUCCUAUCUCUGUUGGUAAAUUCUCAGCUGGCUUCGUCGAAAGUUUUGUUGAUCGGGAAAAACACAAUUCUCUCCUUUGAUGAUGUCGAAGCAAGUUUCACUCCGAUUAUUGGAAGUUCGGUGGAAUGCGGAUUGUUGUACGCUGCAGAGCCUAUUGAUGCGUGCUCGGUUUUAACGAACACAGCUGAAAAAGGAUCUAAGUUUAGGCCCUCUUAUGUUUUGAUUGUCCGUGGUGGCUGUAGUUUUGAGGAAAAAGUUAGAAAGGCGCAUGAAGCUGGAUACAAAGCUGCUAUUGUCUAUAACGAUGCAUACGAUGAGCUCUUAGUACAUAUGGGAGGAAAUUCAUCUGGUGUGCAUAUACACGGCGUGCUUGUUACAAGAGCGUCAGGAGAAGUACUCAAAGAGUACGCAGGUCGAAGCGAGAUGGAGCUUUGGCUCAUCUCGGAGUUCGGGACUUCAUCAUGGUCAAUCAUGGCUGUCACUUUCAUAUCUUUGUUCAUCGUGUCUGUUGUUCUCGCCACUUUUUUCUUCGUCCGUAGGCGUCUACAUGUGACGUCUUUAUCCCGUGGCCGCGGCCAAGGAUUUUCUCGCGUACCUUGUAGGUUAGUACAACGGAUACCGACUGAAGUGUUUUCAGGUGUUUUUGAAGUUGGUUCGACUUCGAUUACUUGUGCUAUAUGCAUUGCUGAUUAUUGCCUUGGCGACAAAGUCAGGAUCCUACCUUGCCAACACAAAUUCCAUGCGUGUAUCGAUUCUUGGCUCGGUCAUUGGAGAUCUUUUUGUCCGGUUUGUAAACAUGAUGCAAAAGUAGCAAAGGGUGAUCCACCCGCAUCAGAACAGACACCUCUACUUUCGCCUAGCCUGAGCAUCAGACAAGAGUCUGAUACGAUUCAUCAUCGUAUUACAUAAAGAAGAAGAAAACUAAUAUCUUGAGUAGGAGAAGGCCUGUGCCACAUGAGAAGGAAGUAAGUAAAGAAGAUGAUGACGUGGACCAGAAGAGAGGAAAGACUCUAAUCGAGGAGGAAGCUUGGCCGUAACGGGAUCAACUUAAAAGAGAUGUGACGCUGUUCUUGUUCAGGAUGCUUAUUGUUGUUGAAUGUUCUAGCGAUGUGCUAGUGAGAGAGUGAUGUGCUCUCUAAUGGUUAGUGUGAGAGUGAUGUGCUCUCGUCUCUGAU